GCUCCCGGCUCAGAGCGGAGCCGUCUGCUGGCAGCGCGCGCCGCCGCCGCCGCAGCAGGUGCCACCGCCAGGUUUGCUUAUUUUAGGAGUCUGAAGUCUUGCUCAUCAUAAACAUCAGGUGACCAGUGACAUCAGCCAUGUCUGUGAGGCCUUUUGAAAGUCCACCUCCUUACCGACCUGAUGAAUUCAGACCCAAUCAUUAUGCACCGAGCAAUGAUGUGUAUGGUGGGGAAAUGCACGUUCGACCAAUGCUCUCCCAGCCGGCAUACUCCUUUUACCCAGAGGAUGAAAUUCUUCACUUCUACAAAUGGACAUCACCUCCAGGAGUGAUUCGGAUCCUGUCUAUGCUCAUCAUUGUGAUGUGCAUCGCCAUAUUUGCCUGCGUGGCUUCCACACUUGCUUGGGACAGAGGCUAUGGAACUGGCAUCUUUGGAGGUAGCCUAGGCUACCCUUAUGGAGGAAGUGGCUUUGGUGGCUUUGGAGGUGGCUAUGGCUAUGGUUAUGGUUAUGGCUAUGGCUAUGGAGGGUAUACAGAUCCAAGAGCAGCAAAAGGUUUCCUGUUGGCCAUGGCAGCCUUUUGCUUCAUUGCCUCCUUGGUAAUAUUUGUGACCAGUGUUAUAAGAACUGGAAUGUCUAGAACAAGAAGAUAUUACUUGAUUGUGAUCAUAGUCAGCGUUAUCCUGGGCAUCAUGGUGUUUAUUGCAACAAUCGUGUAUAUAAUGGGAGUCAACCCAACUGCCCAGGCUUCUGGAUCUAUGUACAGUUCACCAAUAUAUACCCUCUGCAGUCAGUUCUAUACUGGAGCUACUGGACUCUACGUGGAUCAAUAUUUGUAUCACUACUGUGUGGUGGAUCCCCAGGAGGCCAUAGCCAUCGUCCUGGGCUUCAUGAUUAUCGUGGCUUUUGCUUUAAUCAUUUUUUUUGCUGUGAAAACCCGAAGGAAGAUGGACCGGUAUGAUAAGUCCAAUAUUUUGUGGGAUAAAGAACAUAUUUAUGAUGAGCAGCCCCCCAAUGUCGAAGAGUGGGUUAAAAAUGUGUCUGCAGGCACACAAGACAUGCCUCCACCACCCUCUGACUACGUGGAGAGAGUUGACAGUCCGAUGGCCUACUCCUCCAACGGCAAAGUGAAUGACAAGCGGUCAUACCCAGAGUCUUUCUAUAAGUCAACACCAUUGGUGCCUGAAGUGGCUCAGGAGCUUCCUCUGACUUUGCCUGUGGAUGACUUCAGACAGCCUCGCUACAGCAGCAGCGGUAACCCAGAGACACCUUCGAAACGGGCUCCCACAAAGGGAAGAGCAGGAAGGUCGAAGAGAACAGAGCCGGACCACUAUGAAACAGACUACACGACAGGGGGCGAGUCCUGUGACGAGCUGGAGGAGGACUGGGUCAGGGAAUAUCCACCUAUCACUUCAGAUCAACAAAGACAGCUCUACAAGAGGAAUUUUGACACAGGUCUGCAGGAGUACAAGAGUUUACAGGCUGAACUCGACGAGGUCAAUAAAGAGCUCUCUCGUCUAGACAGAGAGUUGGAUGACUACAGAGAGGAAAGCGAAGAAUAUAUGGCUGCUGCUGAUGAAUAUAAUAGACUAAAGCAAGUUAAAGGAUCUGCAGAUUAUAAAAGUAAGAGGAAUUACUGCAAGCAGUUGAAGAGCAAAUUGUCGCACAUCAAGAGGAUGGUUGGGGACUAUGACAGACGGAAAACUUAGGCAGCUGCCCCGCUGCUGGGGAAGUGAGGCACACCUGUCUGCCUGAUGUCGCUGCAGUUCUCUCCAGAGGCAAAGUGACUUUGGACUCUAGUCUGGGAAGUUAAACUUUGUGAUCAUUACAAAGUUUCCAUAGCUUUAAUUCCGUCAGUUUCACGUCAUCAGUAUUGAAACAUUUUCAUAAAUGGCUUUUAUAAUCCACUGGGCUGAACACUCCAAUUGAGAAUUUUACACUUUCAACGUGGAUUCCUGUAUUAAGAAUGACAUGUUGUUUGAGGUUUUAAAUUUAAAGACAGGUUCUGGUGUGGACCAUGUUAUGAACUUUCACAUGCCAGACAAUGAUGUCUUAAUACCCAGGUGUGUUCCUCCAGGUAGAGGCCAUCUUAUUAAUCAUCUCAACAGCUCUUCAGGUGACCGUUAUUUAUAACCCCUUUUCAGGUAAGGAAAUUGGGUCCCUGCCAUGUUAUCUCUACAGUGAAAUUGCUUGCUUCCCAAAGGCAGUUCUGGCUAAGUCUGUUUAUUAUUCAGCAAAUAAUAGCAUUUCCACCUCUUGUAUUUCCAUUACUGUGUGUACAGUCCAUUCUAAAGACCACCUUCCCUACUGUGUACAGUCCAUUCUAAAGACCACCUUCCCUACUGUGUACAGUACAUUCUAAAGACCACCUUCCCUACUGUGUACAGUACAUUCUAUUGGCCACCUUCCCUACUGUGUACAGUCCAUUCUAAAGACCACCUUCCCUACUGUGUACAGUCCAUUCUAAAGACCACCUUCCCUACUGUGCACAGUCCAUUCUAAAGACCACCUUCCCUACUGUGCACAGUCCAUUCUAAAGACCACCUUCCCUACUGUGCACAGUCCAUUCUAAAGACCACCUUCCCUACUGUGCACAGUCCAUUCUAAAGACCACCUUCCCUACUGUGCACAGUCCAUUCUAAAGACCACCUUCCCUACUGUGUACAGUACAUUCUAAAGACCACCUUCCCUACUGUGUACAGUACAUUCUAAAGACCACCUUCCCUACUGUGUACAGUACAUUCUAAAGACCACCUUCCCUACUGGGUACAGUACAUUCUAAAGACCACCUUCCCUACUGUGUACAGUACAUUCUAUUGGCCACCUUCCCUACUGUGCACAGUACAUUCUAAAGACCACCUUCCCUACUGUGCACAGUACAUUCUAAAGACCACCUUCCCUACUGUGCACAGUACAUUCUAAAGACCACCUUCCCUACUGUGUACAGUACAUUCUAAAGACCACCUUCCCUACUGUGUACAGUACAUUCUAUUGGCCACCUUCCCUACUGAUUUUCUUCUUAUAUUGACUUUAACAUAAAUGAUUAGGAUUAUUUUGGCUUCACAUCAUUUUUCCUGAUACUUAAGAUCAUGUAAAAUUAACAAAUGUGUAAAGUUUAAAAAUUGUAAAUAUAUAUUUACUUUUGAAAGAUCAUUUUAAAUCCAGAGUUAGAGUUUUGUGUAUUUUUACAGUGCUUUUUAUCUUUGAUAGU